AAGUAGUCAAAAUCCGUAUUUAUUUUGCCGAAAACAAAACAGUACACGUUCCUUCUUCUUCGACUUUCUCGGCUUCAUCACUUCCUGUUGAUUGAAAAUUACUACAUGAUUGCUGUUGUCAACGGAGUCUAACUGUAGUCAUCAAGAUGGCUUAUGAAAUAAACGAGCAAAAAAAGGUUGGAUUGGGUCUCAUUGGUUUUGGCAUCUUUUUCACAUUUCUUGCUGUAAUUCUUUUCUUUGAUAAGGGAUUGCUUGCUCUAGGGAAUAUAUUUUGGCUAACAGGGGUGGCCCUUUUGCUUGGUUGGCAGUCUACUUGGAAGCUCUUUACUAGUAACUACAAGGGUACUGGCUGCUUUGUUCUUGGGCUCUUUUUCUUAUUUGUACGAUGGCCACUAGUUGGACUAAUCUUGGAAAUCUAUGGUUGCAUUGCUCUCUUUGGUGGGUUUUGGCCAACUGUGAAGGUUUUCCUCUUCCACAUUCCAGUUGUUGGAUGGAUCAUACAGUAUCCUCUCAUGUUUCUUAAUCGUCUGAAUGGAGCCUAAAAUAGGACACCUGCUGGCAUUUGACAUUUUGCUGAUCAAGUGU